AUGGCCAAUAGUCAGGCUCUAGGCACUGCUCCUCUGAAACUUGAACGACCGUAUCAUGAGCUCUCGCACUAUGCAAUGGUAUAUUUGGAUGAGGCUGGGAAAGUUCAAUAUGCCUUCUCGCCGUCGAUGCUGCCGUUUUGCCGCUGCUUAUUUCCCGCGAGUAUGAAGGCUCAAUUUCAGCAAUGGGUCACUCAAAAACAAGGCCUGAAUGAUGCAAACUCACAGAAAAGUCAACAGUCUGAUGAUGAUUUUGAUGAUGAUGCAAGGGACAAGAUAGGCAUAUCAAUCGGAGAUAGGGAAAGGAUCACAGCUUAUUAUAUGGGGGCCUUUGUCGAAUUUCAGCAAACUAACUGCCGUCGGAUUGCCAAGGCUUAUAUAAAGGCAAUCGAACCACGAAAGCAGUCCGCACAUCCCUACAAUGGAGGGAAACUGGGAGAACCUGAUGAAACAAAACCAUCCUGGUGGCCUGUCGACGUGAUACAUAAGGAGCCUGAUCAUUUGAAGAAGCCUGACCGGAUCAAGCUUCUUGUUCACAUACUCCGCAUCCAUGUUCGGGGAAUGACUGCUCACAAGCUGAGGGAAGCUGGGAAGAAUGUCCAACAACAUCAGCUUAUCCCAUGUGAGAAGUCAGCAGUGUUGGAGGAGAUAUACCGAGUUAGGGAAAUAGAGGAGCGCUAUGAGGAUGAACAUAUUGAUGCAAGUACAUUGGUUUAUGUUACCGUCGGGAAAGCCGCCAAACGUAACUCGAAUUAA